AUGCAUCACUCUAACGAGCAACGACAAGCGUUGUCCGAGCGCAAUAGUCCCAUGAAACAAGCAAAAAGCGGGUCGCCAAACAAAGCAACGUUGAAAAGGAGUGCCGAGCCAGCCACACCUCUGCAGAACCCCCGAUUCAGCCGGAAACGGCAGUUUCGCAGCGAGCCCACCUGGGCCCAGAUCUUCUGUUUGCUGGAUCCCGAUGCGCCCUCCGAGUACGAGAUGUUGCACAGGCAAAUAAACGAGCAGCAGGAGGUGAUUGAUUUUGCCAACCUCGAGCGUCAGAUGGCUAGCUAA